CCUACAUGAAGACUUCUCAGUACCAAUCCAAUCUACAGCAGCUUUUAGAGCAGGAGAAGCAAAAACACAGGGAUUUGUCCAUGCAGGCAGAGCAGCUCCAUUCCAUCUGUCAGUCUCAGAAGGACAAGAUCAAAGGUCUCUUUCAGACCAAACUGGAUGAGCUGGGAGUGAAAGCUCUCACUGUGGAGGACCUGCUGCAGGCCCAGAAGGAGAUAUCGUCCCACAACCAUCAAUUGAAAGAGCAGACCAAACAGCUUGAGAGAGUCAUGGCUUAACUUCGAGAUCACAGC